AACAAGCAGAAAACAACGAAUGUUGCUAAAAAUGCUGAUUCAGAAGUUAAUGUACAUCGCGCUUCAAAUCUUCUUAACUUAUUUAUGUGUUCGGCUACUUCUUCAAAUGUUACUCCGAAACUGGAAAAUUAUUAUCCGACAAAUACAUCCCACUUACAUGAAACAUCUGUUGAACUCAGGACUUACAAUGAACUACAGGCUUUGCAGGAAAUUGUCGCCAAAAAUAUCGUUGAACUAGGACCGAAAGCUUUGAAUACAACUGAAAUUGCAAAACAGUGCAAGACUUUAAUGAUCACUUACAAUAUUGGGCAACGUUUAUUUGCAAAGUACGUCAUGAACCAGUCACAAGGAUCACUCAGUGAAUUGCUGUCGAAACCGAGACAUUGGAACAAACUUACUGACAAAGGGAGAGAAGCAUUUCGUCGCAUGUAUGGAUGGGUCUCAGAUGCCAAAGCCAUUGAACUGCUUUGUAACAUUUCACCACGUCGUACGCAACCAAUUGGAUUGGCUGAAAUUGAGGCACCAUCGCGUGAGAUGUUAUGGGAUCAGCAGAGUGUUUCAUUAGCUGCUGUAUCUCGAUAUAAUACCGAUGGUGUUUUUGAAUCGCUUGCGCAAAAGCAGUUCUCGCGGAUUACUUCAGGAGAUUCGAAACAACGUGAAAGACUCUCUGCAUCAUUCAGUGGAGGUAGUGGUAAUUCAGCUUUACAGCGUACGAGUCGCUGGCGACAUGAUGACAUACCAAAAGAAAAGAUUGUGAAAAUAUAUAAACGUGAAUUAGCACUGCUAAAAGAACAAGAAUAUCAUUUGGAACAAACAGUUGGUUCAAGAUCUCCAAGUGUAAAAAGUAAAGAUGAAAAGCUAGAAUCUACGAAUGGGACACCGAAUGCCAAAUCUCUCUCAUCACCAUCUCGUUGUGCAUCAGUUAGUGGCAAUUGUUCACCAAUAGAAACAACUGGUAUUAUAAAUCCAGUACAAGCCCUAUUUGUUUCAAAAUGUAGGAGUGGCAUGACUUCAAUAACACAAGAGGAAUUCGAACGUUAUGCAGUGCUAGAUACGGAAGAUAUUGUCAAAAAGAUUAAAGACUUUCUUUGCUCAAACUCAAUAUCUCAACGUCAGUUUGGGGAAAAUGUACUGGGCCUUUCACAAGGAUCAGUUUCUGAUCUCUUGGCAAAACCCAAACCGUGGACUAUGCUGACGCAGAAGGGGCGAGAGCCAUUCAUACGCAUGCAGCUUUUCUUAAAUGAAGCUCAGAGUGUGAUUUGCAAAUCUGAAAUCGAAUGGAAUGGAGCUUUUGCUUCAUUAGAAUCUUCGGAAAUACCAAGUAAUGAAGCGCACGAUAGUACAAGACAAAAUGUUACUAAUGAUGUGACUAGUUCUCAGAAUUUGGCAUCUGCAAAUGAGAUAGAACAUCUGGCGGGAAAAAGUCAUAUUGAAAAAAAGACACGAGAUGUCAAAAAAGUCGUGGAUGCUGAUGAAAUUAUGCGAACAAUGCGAAAAGAAAUUUAUCUAGCUGACACAAGUAGGACACAAGAACUGCAAAGUACAUAUCGUGAGUCUUUUUCUGCUUCGAAAUCGCCGCUUUUCCGAUAUUCGACAUUUGGUGAUGUAAUUUUGGGAGUCAGUCCAGGUGGCGUAUCAGAGCUUUUAGCCAAACCAAAAACAUGGAUACAACUGUCUCCGCGAGCGCGUGAUUUGUACCUCAAGAUGAAUGAGUGGCUCGAUGAAAUGAAUGGAAAUAGACCCGUAGACGAAAUACCUCCUUCCAGUGCACUUCCGAUUUCAUCUUUAACAGCUUCUCUUCCAGGUGGAAUCAGAACACUAACUUCUGCAGAUGCCGCUAUGAAAACUCCAUCAGGUUUUAGAAAAAGGGCUUCAAGUAGUAUAAAUGAUGGAGAAACACCGAAAAAAGUGCAGGUAAUGUUGUUAGUAUAA